AAUGUCUAAAAAUGAUUUAGUUUUAUUUUUAAAAACAAAUUUAAAUUUAGAAGAUGAAAUUUUUAUUAAUGAUUUAGAAAAAUUUCCUGAUAAAGAAAAUAAUGAAAAUUUAUUAUUAGAAAUUAAUGAAACAAUAGAAAAUAUUAAAACUAAUAAAAUUUUAGAAAAUAUUGCGCAAAUUUUAGGACAAGAUAAUUAUAAUUGGGAACCUGAUGAUUUUUUAAAUUUAAAUAAUGAUUAA